AUGUGGACGGAAUUCGGCAAUCGUCUCGGGCAUCUACCACCGUCGCAACGAUCUCACUUCGAGGAUAAUCACCCCUUUCCUCACCCAGUCCAGUCUCGUCAUUAUGCCGAGAUCAUCACCGUAACCGAGCCCGGAACCAUCACUCAAGACGGGCCGACCUCCGCCGUCAUCGAUGCACCAGAGGGACCAUUCAUAUCCACAACAGCUACUCCAGGAAGUCUAGCUCUGGUCCAGCAGUUCGUUGGGGACACUCCUACACCAAUUACCGAUCUGUUUUCGGCCCCCGAACUCCUCCGUUGGUCCGAAGAAGACAGUGGUAUCCGAACAGUCCUCUCCUGUAUCGGCAAUGUGUAUGCCACCAGAGGCUUGCAGCUAGCUACCGUCCAGAAGAGCGACGUACUGCUCAUGGAGGUAGAGCAGCGCGAGAUCUAUGAUAACAUUCAGAAGCGUCUUCAACAACCCAGUCCGCACCUGGACAAGUCCCUGCUGCACCUUGCCGUCUUCUUCUGUCUGCUGCAGGCAUGUACCGGAACAAUGAUGAGCAGUCGGGGAUCCAAGGCCAUCCUAAGGGCCUUGGAAGUGCUCGACCAGGUGGCUCACCUUGUUGUGCAACCUCGCGGGGCCCGCGGGUUCUCGACACGGGUUGACAAGUCCGUGCUGCUGCUCUUCCGGGUCCUUGAAGGGUUGGGAUGCCUCAUGCGCGACUCCAGAAGCGUCUUUACAGAAGCCCAAUGGCACAAGACGGUGGUAGACUUCAAGAAGCUGAAGAGCGAGGUCACGCCAGUCGACGCGCACGUGGCGUUGCUGUUCGAAUGCCACUGUACGUUUCUUGCUGCCUUCACAGACAUCAACGCGCAGUCUAAUACGUGGCUCAACCGGGAAAGUGAGUACGGGGCCGUGCCAGGAUCCAGAAACGACGCUGAGCCAUCGUACGCAAAUCAUCUUGCUGUCGGACAGAAAAUUAUACAACAGGCGUCGGAACUGCUCGAGUCUCUUCAGGAGCUUGAAGAUGACGUGAAGGAUAUCAAGAGUAGCUACGACACCUCCUACGACAUGUUCAUGUCUACCAGUCUCAACUUCAAGAUAUCCGCGCUUCGGUUGUUUGCCCACCCCCUGUGGCAAAAUGCCUCGGUUUCCAAGCAGGCCCUCCACGAAUCGGACAUACUGGAAUAUGCCCACUCCAAUUUGGAACACAUCGAGAAAAGAAUGCCGCAUGCGGGCGUCGAGGCCUUCAUUUACAUCGACCAGCUUUUGGUCAUUGGCCUGGAGAUGCGGCACUCUCUCGACAGACUCCGUGUCAUAUCGCUGUUGGACACGAUCAAGAGCAGGGGGUUCGGUCUUGCCGAAGUCUAUAUCGAAGAUUUGCAGCUGGCCUGGAAAGCCGUUCCCUCGUCCCGUUCGUCGACUGCGUCAGGACUGAAUGCGGGACCCAGUCCUCAAUAG